AUGGCAGCACAGUCACAGCCUUCUUCGAACAACUCCGCUCGGAUUGAGAUCGUUGAUGGUCAGCCCGUCGUUGUCGUUGGAGAUCGCAUGUUUGCGCUCCCAGCAGUCAACAGCGGUUCUGCGUUGCCCCCAACAACAUCAGCAGCCAACGAUACACUACCCAAGCUGACUACAGACGACGCUUCGUUCCCAACGCAGGGCGUUCUGCCAGGGCUCUCGUUUGAUCCACCACGGGCCAGCUCUCAGACACCGUUUGCAGGAAUGGACCUCCCAACACUGAAGGCCCAACAGGCUGCUAAGAAGCAAGAGCUGCGAACCGUUGAGCAGACUGAAGUAUUGCAGUCUGGUCACCAGACUGAGGCUUGGCGAGCCAGCAUUAUUGAGAGAAAGAGGAACCUGAUCGUUGAGCUCGACGCACUUCGAAAGCAAAUCUCAACCCUUGGGUCGAAUCCGGCAAUCGUAAGCCAGCACGAUGCUUCGACAGAUCCAGUAGUUGAGGCAAUGACGGCAUCAGCAUCCUUGUCGUCAUCAUUUGCACCUUCUUACCAGCAGCCGCUGGCUCAGUCCAUGUACGGUUUCCCUGCGACGAACCCAUACGCGCCGAUGAUGAUGUUUCCACCGCCUUUCGGCUCCUUCUCAAGUUUUCCAGCCGUGGAUCCAGCACCGUUCGUUCCGCCUCCAGUGAAACCGCUCCCGCACUCCCCUGGGUCGAUUAACCGACGCUCGCGUGCUAUUGAGAUCAAGCCGCCUCAUGAAGAGUCGAAGAAGCAAGCUUCAUCAAUCUUGGACCCCAAGAGCCCAACAUACGAACCGAAGAGUGGCUCGGCUCAAGAUACUGUCCCUCCUACUCCGUCGCCGAACAAGCGCUCAUCCUGGCGUCAACAAGAAGCGUCGGCGUCAGAGAAGCAACGAGAUCGCACACUGUCGCACAAGCCCAGCCUGUCGAGUGUAGAUACGACAGACUUCUUUCCUACCAACACUCAUGAGCAUUCAUCCACUCGAGUGGCUCCUACAGCCGGCGCAGCCCAGGUAAAUCAAGACGAAAACACAGCCAUUCCGGCGACUCCAGAGAAGAGCUGGCCUGCCAGUCCUUGGAACGAGGGAAAUACGAGUCGAUCGAGGAACGACAAGCCAGCGCCGAAAAUUGGAUCAUGGCCAGAUGCAUAUGGAAAGCCACCUUGUCUUUCCGCUCUCAAGCAGGAGGCGUCAAACCCAUCUUCCGUGCCUGCACAAAGCCAUGCUCUGCAAACGGGCAGCUAUUUGCACACUACGUCCAGCAACACGAAGCUCAAUCGAUCCUACUCGCAACAGCGGGCGGCGACAGAAGAAAUCUGGCCUUUCUCCAUGCCUAAAGCUGUUGCGCACAUACCGUCUACCUACCAAGAGGGUUUCCAGGCGGGCUACGAUCACGUCGGAAUGCCUGACAGCACUGAGGUGCUGCAAGGAUACAUCCAGGGCCUGCUGACUUUCCUAGCCGAUUCGUUGAACAAUCGAUGCAGCAAUGCGUCUGCUCGAGACUCGCGACGACAGAUGGCCGACUCGGGAACCCCUUCGCUUCACGGCCUCGUGGCAGAAUCUACGCCUCACGACUCGGCCGUCAGCAUGACGUUCAAUCGCAGCGAGGCACUUGUGAGCAGUCAAGAGAACGUGUGUGUUAGCCAGGGGCAUGGGACCUUGAGCUCUCAUCGGGAACCAGUCUAUGCUCCACAAGGUACUGCUCGAAACGCCCCAGCAUCCUUCGGUCCAGGCAACGACUGCAUGCAGAAUGCACGCCAGCUCAACGACAUCAAGUACCCCAAACCUGCUGGCUUGUUUUCGGAGAGGCAGUUCAAUGGAUACCAACACAGAGGGCCGCCUUUUCCAAGUUGCAACGAAGAUGCAAGCAAGACACUGGAGAAAGGUAUUGUCCCCCGUUCGGACGUACCAGUGUCGACCCACGGCCUCGGCCGUCCGUUCUCUGGUAACCAGCUUGCCAACCGUGGCCAUUCCAACUCUCAGGCGAUGCCUCGCUUCUACACGGUUCACAAAGAAGUCGGCCCUAGCGGAUAUGGCGGAAACAACGUGCUUGCAGCUCGGCCUUUCGCUAACCAUGGGAUGUCAGGACUAGACGGCGCGAUGGAUGAUCUGGCUGACUUGGUGAUGGAGACCAAAGUCGGAGAUGGCCGCUCUUCUGUCAGUCGUUGCGCUCAAGCUACUGGGGUUCCGGCUUCUGUGGACACUGAAGAGGCGAGCGCAUCUUGCUUCAAAGGCUCUGGGGGAAAGGGCAAGCAGAAGGCGGCUUCUUCUCCAACGAAGGCUACUGAGUCCGUGCAAGAGAUGGCGGCAUCGUCUCCGGCGAACGCAUCCAGCUCGCCCAAGAAGUCUGGCGAACACUCUCCAGCCAAGGCGAAGCUCGAGAAGGUGACGAACCGGUUCAGGCGCUCGAAGAAGGAUGAGGCUCGCACGAUGUCGUCGGAAGAAAAGGUGAGGCGAUCGGAGAAGUGGAGGCAACGCUUCGAUUACAUCAAGCAGACGGAGAAGGCUGAAAUUGAGGGAUACGGCGAAGAAGAGAGGCGCAGGAACGGUGGUCGACGCUGA